CAGGCUGGGCUCACCAUGGCACUGGGUGCCAUCCUGGCCCGAGGGCGGGACGUGUGCAGGCGGAAUGGACUGCUCAUCCUGUCUGUGCUGUCCGUCACCGUGGGCUGCCUCCUCGGCUUCUUCCUAAGGACCCGGCGCCUCUCACCACAGGAAAUUAGUUACUUCCAGUUUCCUGGAGAGCUCCUGAUGAGGAUGCUGAAGAUGCUGAUCCUACCACUCGUGGUCUCCAGCUUGAUGUCUGGCCUCGCCUCCCUGGAUGCCAAGACCUCCAGCCGCCUGGGCAUCCUGACUGUGGCAUAUUACCUGUGGACCACCUUCGUGGCAGUUAUCGUGGGCAUCAUCAUGGUCUCCAUCAUCCACCCAGGCGGUGCGGCCCAGAAAGAGACUACGGAGCAGAGCGGGAAGCCCAUUAUGAGCUCAGCUGACCCCCUGCUGGACCUCAUCCGGAACAUGUUCCCAGCCAACCUGGUGGAAGCCACAUUCAAACAGUACCGCACCAAGACCACCCCCAUCGUCAAGUCCCCCAAACUGGCAUCAGAGGAAGCCCCUCCCCGGCGGAUCCUCAUCUACGGGGUCCAGGAGGAGAAUGGCUCUCGUGUGCAGAACUUCGCCCUGGACCUGACCCCACCACCCGAGGUCGUUUACAAGUCAGAGCCUGGCACCAGCGACGGCAUGAAUGUGCUGGGAAUCGUCAUCUUCUCUGCCACCAUGGGCAUCAUGCUGGGCCGCAUGGGUGAUAGCGGGGCCCCCCUGGUUAGCUUCUGCCAGUGCCUCAAUGAGUCUGUCAUGAAGAUCGUGGCGGUGGCUGUGUGGUACUUCCCCUUUGGCAUCGUGUUCCUCAUCGCUGGCAAGAUCCUGGAGAUGGACAAUCCCACAACGGUUGGAAAGAAGCUGGGCUUCUACGCAGUCACGGUGGUGUGCGGACUGGUGGUCCAUGGCCUCUUUAUCCUGCCCCUGCUCUACUUCUUCAUCACCAAAAAGAACCCCAUUGUCUUCAUCCGAGGCAUCCUCCAGGCGCUGCUCAUUGCGCUGGCCACCUCCUCCAGCUCAGCCACUCUGCCCAUCACCUUCAAGUGCCUGCUGGAGAACAACCACAUUGACCGGCGCAUUGCCCGCUUUGUGCUGCCCGUGGGCGCCACCAUCAACAUGGAUGGCACCGCGCUCUACGAGGCUGUGGCCGCCAUCUUCAUUGCCCAGGUCAACAACUAUGAACUGGAUUUCGGCCAGAUCAUCACCAUCAGCAUCACUGCCACCGCGGCCAGCAUCGGGGCAGCUGGCAUCCCCCAGGCCGGGCUCGUCACCAUGGUCAUCGUGCUUACCUCUGUGGGACUUCCCACAGACGACAUCACCCUCAUCAUCGCUGUCGACUGGGCUCUGGACCGUUUCCGCACCAUGAUUAACGUGCUGGGUGAUGCACUGGCUGCCGGGAUCAUGGCCCAUAUCUGCCGGAAGGACUUUGCUCAGGACAUGGGCACCGAGAAACUGCCACCCUGCGAGACCAAGCCUGUGAGCCUCCAGGAGAUUGUGGCGACCCAGCAGAAUGGCUGUGUGAAGAGUGUGGCUGAGGCCUCAGAGCUGACCCUGGGCCCCACCUGUCCCCACCAUGUCCCUGUCCAGGUGGAACAGGAUGAGGAACCAACCACCUCCAGUCUGGACCACUGUACCAUUGAGAUCAGUGAGCUUGAGACCAAUGUCUGA